UCCACUAGAGCGCUUGCAGAGCGCCCGCAAGAAACCGCGCCAGGAUACCCUUCCAAGGAAGGGCCGCGAAUUCGUAGAGUUAAGGGUUUCUGGUUUUGUUCUGGGAGUGAGCGAGAAGGGAGAGCCAGAGUUUCCGGAGCAAGUGAGCAAACAGUGCGCCGAACUACUAACAGGGUGUGUGUUUUGUAGCAAAUAUCAAGGAAGAAUCGGAGCAUUGCGUGCCAGCAGAGGUGCCUGGCAGAGUGAGUGAAACAGCCGAUACGAAAAGCGAGCUAGAGGCUGUGUGCAUGUGAUAGCGAGAGAGUGUGUGUGCGGAAGCGGAGUGUGAAGGAAGAAGCAGUGUGGCACGGAGCGGCAGAGAAAAUCAAUAGUCCUUCUUUGGUCCUUCGAAUCGGUUCUCGAGUGUGCGAGGCAAAAUAGCGCACGAAGAGUACGCAACCACUUUGCACCGAUUUUUUUGUGUGUGGCCAGCUAGUGAUUGAGUGCGUGUGUGCGGGGAAGGGGAAAGGCACGGAAAAGUGUGCAAAAUUCCGCUUAACUAAGCAGGCCGGUGGUGUGUUGUGCAGCAACAGCAACAGCAGUGCUUGUGCGAUUUUGUCGAAGUAAUUCGGGCCAAAGCAGUAGCAGCAGCAGCAGUACGCAUCGCAAAGGAAAUGUGAGCUGCUGCCUGAAUUUUGUGUCGUAACGCCCCCAUCCCCUCAGGUUUUAACAACUCGAAGAGGUGGAAGAUAUCAAGUGAAGGUGAAGUUUUGGUAGUGAUUUUUACUGAUUUCACUGCGAACAACGCAGCAACCCCCCGCUUAGUGUGAUAGAAAGAAACGGCCGUACAGCGGGAUUAGCCAAACUCCCGACGGCAAUUCGAAGCUGACAAACGCGACGGUACCCAGGAUUAUCCUCCAUUCCGUCGCCAAAGCAAUCGGAAGACUGAGGAAAAGCAGCAUCCAGCAGCUGGGAGGAAGCAGAAGACUGACCACAAGCAACACCGAAACAGCAGCAGCAUCAGCAGCAGCAGUCAGUGCAAGCUGUUGUACAUCAGAGCGCGUCGGAAGCAGCGCAAGGAUUACUCGUCGUCGUGUAGUGUUGUUUGAAAGAGCGUCGUCAGAAUCAUAAUUGAAAGUGUUCUGUGUGUCUCUUGCGACAGAGAGUGUGUGAAGAAGAAGUAAAAAAAAAAUAUUAAAGCUAUAAAGCUGCCACAGCCUAUUGAGAUGAAAGUGUGACAAAACGCAAUUGCAGUGGAAAGGUGGUAAUCCUCACAAAGGAGGGCGAGGAAUCGAGUGGGUGCGAGAGUGUGUGUGUGUGUGUGUGAGGAGGAAGGAAGAGAAAUUACACAAAAAAAUUGGUGCCAAAUGAAAUAGCAGUGAGACAUCGCGCAGUGUGUCGAGUAAGCGAGGCAGUACUAACUACCCUCAGCAAGACGGAGUAGGCCCUGGUUUUUGUGCGUUGUACGGUGCGUGCGUGUGUGCGAAUAGUGUCCUCACCAUGGCUAUGGCAGCGUGCUAUCCGACCUACGAUCACAUGACCGGCGGCAGCAGAAAUGCUGGCAGCAUCGCGGCCCAGCAGCAGCAGCUCCAGCAGCAGCAGCAGCAGCAACAACAGAGCCCGGUGACGGCCACUAGUCAGCUGCACCAUCUGUCAUCGAGGCUGUCGGCCGCCGCAGCAGCGGCAGCGGUUGCGGCCGCCGCCUCCAACAUGCCGGUGCAGAAGGAUUUCAGCAUACCGCUGCACGUCGACUGCAGCGUGGAGUACGAGCUGCCGAACCAGGCGAAACCGCCGGUCGGCGCACGGGUCGAACCGCUGCUGAUGAUCCAUCCGUGCUACUUCCGCAAGAUGGAGAGUCAGCGGCGCAGCCCGUUCAUCAACAACAUGCCAAAUUCGUCCCGUAGCUCUAGUUCGUCGAUCGCGGCCAAGAAUGGUGUUAGUGGCGGUGCGAGCAGUAACAGUAACAGUGCCAGCAACGUCGUCAGUGGCACCAGUGCCUCGGUCGACCCCUCGGUGAUAAACGGUAGCUGCACGACGGGUGUCAACAACGUCAGCAGCAGUAGCGGCAGCAACAGCAGCCGGCGGAACGCGGCCCACAAGUCGUCGUCCGCGUCCACCAGCAACCAGUUCCUUCAGCUCCAGCUGGACGAUUACGUCCAGCGGCAGAUGCAUCGCACGACAGCGGCCAACAGUCAGCAGCAGCAACAUUACGGUGCUGCCAACAACACAGUCGCUGGUCAUCUGCAGCAACAGCAGCAGCAGCAUCAUCACCAACAGCAGCAGCAGCAGCAGCACCACAGUCGCCACCAGCAGCAACAACAGCAACAACCUCACCACCAUCAUCACCAAUCGCAGCACCUCGCAGGGCAGUCCUCGAAUCAGUACAACCUCACCAACAACCAGUCUCAGUCUCAGCAGCAGCAGCAGCAACAACAGUCUGCCUCUGUCUCAUCCUCCGACUGGGGCCGGUAUCACUUGGGUUCGUCUGACUGCGCGAGCGCCGGCGGGGCGGCCGGUGGUGCGGGUGUUGUUGUCCGCAACAGUGGCAGCUACAGCAGCAAAGUAGCGAACGGUUACGGUGGCAACGGGCUGGCUGUGAGCAACAACAGCAGUAGCAACAGCAGCAACACCGGCAACAAUAGCACCAAAUCCAAAAGUGUCACUAGCGCGUCCAUGAAGCGCAACGCAAGUAAUACGGGUAUCAGUCAACACCACCAACAGCAGCAACAGCAACAGCAACAUCAGCUUCAGCAACAGCAGCAACAGCAGCUUCUGAUGCCGGCCAGCUGCGCCGUGUACAACAGCACCGCCAACGGUGUCAGCAGUGGCCUGGUGGAGGGUGGCGGUGCAGGUCCCCGUUGGGGCGACAUCGAGAAGACUUCAAUGGCGGCGGCAGUGCCUCGCGAUUUCCAGGCCGGUCCCGAAUCACUGCCCAUGAAGGGUGGGGUGGUGGCGGCCGCCAACCUGCCACCCCCGUCCUACCGCAGUGGGGGCAAGCGGGACGCGAUGCUGUCCGGUGCCGGCGGCUGUGCAGUGUAUAGUAAUAAUAAUAAUAAUAGUAGUAGUAGUAACCGAAGCCACACCGGCGGCAACAAUACGGGCGUCAGCAGUACGACCGGCAUUCCCAGCACGGACCUCAGCCUGUGGGAGGCGGCAGCGAACGGUGCCGGUGGCAGCACCACCAGCAACUCCACCCUGCCGGACAAGAGCUCGAUGACGGCCGCCAUACCGCGGGACUAUCACGCGGCUGGUCCGGAACAUCUCGCGGCCUGCAACAAAUUGGCGGCCGCACGUCAGCAGCAGCAACAGUACCAGCAACAUCAUCAUCAACAACAGCAGCAGCAGCAACAACAUCACUCGCAACAGCAGCAGCAGCAUCGUCAACAGCAACAUCGUCAGCAGCAGCAGCAGCAGCAUCAGCAACACCAACAACAUCAUCACCAGCAGCAGCAGCAGCAACAACAGCACCUUCAUCAUCAACAGCAGCAGCAGCAGCAGCAGCAACAACACCAUCACAAUCAUCAGGUUGCGGUGGCGGCGGCUGCUGCGGCUGCAGCGGCGGCCGCCGAAGCCUCCGAGAAGCUGCUGUUCGCGGCCAAAUAUCGGCAGCAUCAGCGUGCAUCGCAUCGACUCCACCCGUACAUGAUGAGCUCCAGCUUCACCCCGCUGAUGACGGCGGCCUUCCCCCCGAUGCAGCAGGUGUCCUGCUACAACGUGUGAUUCUAAAGCGGCCAACACGGUGAAGGAGCAGAAGCGGCAGAUGGAAGUGAGCAUAAUACCAGUGUGGGGGUGGGCUUAUUGGUGGUGGAUGGAAAUAGUGUUGGUUCCUUCAAGAUGAUUCAGGAUGCUUUGUUGUUGACGUGCGGGCGAGUGAUAAUGUGGCCAAUGCGAGUAAAACAAAAGAAAAACACACACAGAGUGAUGUUGGAGCCGAACGCGCGCUGUUGAAGUUGUUUAUUUUCUGUUCUGUUUUUUAUUAUUAUUAUUUCAAUUUGGUCGUUACGGAAAAAGAAUAACCAAUUGCUAGCUCUGGGUGGGCUUUUGCGGUAAACGACGUCUGAAGAGGAGGAGGUGGGAAGGCUAAAGUAGAGAGGGUUUGCCACAGAACGCCUCGGUUGAAGCAUGUAUAAAAUAGACAGCAACUUUUUUGUUGCAAAUUUAAAUGUGAUAGUAGUUUUUACUCCCAAAAUAACUUCAGCUAAAAGAUGGAAAAAACACUGGAAAAAAUAACCCAAAAUCGCAAAGACUAGGAAGAAAUAAUGCGCAAGAAGAAAGAGAGAAACGAAUUAGGAAACGGAAUGAACGGAAACUGGAAGAAAUAACUGAGGGAAAGUAGCCAGAAAAAAGAUAAGCAAAAAUCACAUGACGUUCUUUCUUUUUGUUUCGGCAUAAACGAAAUAGCCAGCGGAGAGCUUUUGUUGCUAGGUGUUUGGAGGACGAGAAGAGAAAACAGAAUAAAAAACGACGACCCACGUGUCUCCGACGUAGUGAGUGUUUGGCUUUAAUGGAACGGUAGUACGGGAUAAUAUACAUAUAUCUAUACACAUAUAUCGUAACGGAAAAUGGGGAAGGAACCGAAGCAACAUAACUAUCUAGCCUCAAAAUUCCUGGUCUUUUACAUUUUGGUUUUGUUUUUACAGCGCCCUUUUCGACCUUCGGUGAAAAACGGGGCGCAACACGUAACUUGCAUGCAUUGAUACUAAGCAAAACAUAAAAACGAUAAGCAAAAAAAGCAACAUCCACAUAGAGAAAACAAAAUUAUGGCUGAAAAAAGGAAACCAUUGUAACCAUUUAGACGAACUCAACGCGCGGCAAUGCGUCAGCGAGAGACCGUACACACACCGCAAGUGGAAGUCAUUGUGGACUGAAAUAAAAAGGAAAAGCAAAGUUUAGCUAAGUUAGCGAAAAAACCAAUCGUAACUAAACGAAACAAAACAAAAACCCAACCUAUCUGUCUAUGUGUUCCAAAGAAAGAAGCAAGUUCCAGAAGAUUACUGAAACAGAGAGGGGAAACACAGCGGAGAUAUCACGGUUAAAAGCACCUAGCGAGAGGAAUCGCCAAACUUAAUCGAAUGGUUAACGCUUUCGUUGUGUCCUCCGGUUGCCGGAUUUUUUUUCCUUCUUCGGGGCAUUAGUUUGGGGGUUGCGCUUAGUUUGUGCAUCGCGUGUGUAGUAGCAUUUUGUUGUUAUCCUUCUCCCGGUGUUUCCUGUGUUCUCCUGUGCUGUGCGUGGAUCCCUUUCGGUUCGUUUGUGCAUGCGUAAAAGUCUGUAGUCCUGUGUAACGUGUAAUGUUUGUGUUGCGGUUGCCUUUUCUUUCCAUCGCUCCUCGGCCAAGUUUCCGAUCUGAACCUGAUCUGAAUUCCUCGACUGGUUUCCAUUGUGAUAGAUGAACAUUGCCAUACGGGCCGGGGGGGUUAUGUUCCAUGUUUUACCCAGCAUCAAACCUCUCUCUAGAAUUGUGAUGAUGGACGUGGACGUCGUCAUUGGUAUCUUCCCAGAACAGUGUGACGCGUGGUGCCAGAAUUUCAACCCAAUUUCCCUUUUGCUCGAAGGUCGAUAGAAUUGCAUCGUGUUUUACUAUGUUCCUUAAUGCACCGUCCUGUAGUGUGGCAUGUAAUUGUAUUAUGCUCCCCCUCGGGUCCCUUGUUUGUCUGUACCGAGUUCUUUGCCAUUUCGAUUUCACCCCAGGGUUUAUUUCAGCAACUCAUAGUUUUGCCGCUUCGACGUUUCGACACAAUAAUAAAACCGUGCUGGCGGAGAGAGAGAGAGUAGGUGUGGAGUCGGUAAACCAGGGGAAAAAAGGAAAUAAAGAAAAAAAUAACGCAACUAAUGCAUAGACAAACUGUUAUUGCAUGAUCGCUGAAAAAUGUAUUGCCAAUAAUAGAAGCAACAUAAAUAGCAAAAUCACUACAAACUUAAGCAAAGCAAGAAGCAAGCAAAACAAAAAAAACUACUAAUCAAACCAUACGAAAAACGACGUAAACGAGAUCUUCGGAAAGGGAGAGGGAGAUAAAAUCCUGGACGCUGCAUUGUUAUAGACACUUUUUCGGAUUCCCAUGCAGAAAACCUAAAUAAUCAAGUAAAAGUAAAGAAACAAAAAAAUAUACACACAUAUACACACGGACAAACAAACACAUACACGCACACACUCAGUACUGCAACAACACACACUAUGCAAAUGCAAAGUAUUCAGGUUAGAAAUUAAUGGCAAUUUAAAACGGUUAAUAAAAUGAAGCAAAAACACACACAAACAAAAGAAAACAGACUUACUAACGAAAAGCAGCGGUAAAAAGGAUAAACACUAGUCUAGGCGCAUUUGGAAAUAGGUUCGCAUAUGGAACGGAUAACAAAAAAAAAAACUAAUAAAAUGCAAUGAAAAUUAUAUACUCAGUGACGUUACACGCACGCGAAACAUACAAACACUCUAAAGCAAAACGAAAAGAAAAACAAACAAAAAAACAACAGGCAGACAUUUUUUUUUCUCUCAGUCCGGAACCGCUGCUAAUGCGGACGUACGUGAAACGCUAACGAGGAAACGGACGAAUUGUGGCAAAAUUCGGCACGACUAGAAAACGGUGAUCAUGCAAAAUGGUGUUAUUUAGUUUCGGGAUGAGAUGUGUUUUAAUUGUUCAUUUUUCUUUCUUUCACGGGAAGAUGGCAACUACUGCUGUAAGCGUACACAAGUCUUAUGUAAAAGUAGAAUAGGAUGUAUGCAAAACUAAAGCAUAAACACUAUGAUAACAAAUUCUGCGGAUUAAAGGAAAAACAAAGCAGCCACUGCAAGCAACGACACCUUACUAGUGUGUAAACCUUAGGCUUCUAUGUGGUCAGUUGUUGUCUGUACAUAUUCGGGACGGGUGGGACGAAAUGAUUGGGCAAGGGUCGAAAAAAAGAGAGGUUCCGCAGGGGAGGGGAGAGCUUUGGAAAGAUGGAUAUGCGCAUGCACACCAACAUCUACAUUAAAACAUACAUACACGAACAGCAACAAACGUACCGAUAAUACACUCACCCUCAGUCCGACGGACAAAGUCAUGUCAAAGUUUAGUCAACGCAACGCUGUUUCUCUGAUAAUAAAACGUGUUUGGUCGGAAAAACUAAACCAAAACAACAAACACCGGUACAGAACAGAGGGGAACCCCCCUGUAAGAGACGCUAGCAGCAAUUCCAAUUUACAAUGUGAAGGGAAAAUCGUGACAAGGUUAAGCGCGAAAUUGAUAAAGAAUGGCGAAGAGGAAGGAAUAAAAAAAAAACAAAAAACAACUGAAACUAGUAAUAGUAAGUAUAAGCAUAAAGUAACAAAACAACUGAUAAUAAUAGUAGAGCGUGAAUGAUGGAAAGGGUGGAGAAAAAGGAACUGAAUUUAAAUGAAGAUAGGCGAAAGCAUAGUCAAAUGCAAAGUGAGUGUUUGCGCAGGAAAUGGAAAACGAGAAGUGGACAUAAAAGUAGAAAAACAAAACAAAACAAAACGUGUGAUGGUGAAGAGACACAGGCGAGGUAAGAACAAGAGAGACGAGAACGACAGUAAGGAACGGAAAUAUGAACAUGCAAAAAAAAAAGAAACACACACACAAAGGACGAAUAGAACGAGGGAA